CAGUUCACACCCCCGCUGGGCACACGUGUAACUCCUUCCCCCUGUGUCCCCACAGCCUGCCCUCGGACAAGGACCCAAUGCCCAACCCCAGGCCAGCCAAGCCCUCGGCCCCUUCCUUGGUGCUUGGCCCAUCCCCGGGAGCCUCGCCCAGCUGGAGGGCUGCACCCAAGGCUUCAGACCUGCUUGGGGCCAAGGGCCCAGGGGCAACCUUCCAGGGCCGGGACCUCCGAGGUGGGGCCCAUGCCCCCUCCUCCUCCUCUUUGAACCCCAUGCCACCAUCACAGCUGCAGCUGCCCACGGUGCCCCUAGUCAUGGUGGCACCCUCUGGGGCACGGCUGGGCCCCUCACCCCACUUGCAGGCACUCCUCCAGGACAGGCCGCACUUCAUGCACCAGCUCUCAGCGGUGGAUACCCACGCUCGGACCCCCGUGCUGCAGGUACGCCCACUGGACAGCCCAGCUAUGAUCAGCCUGCCGCCACCCACUGCUGCCACCAGCGUCUUCUCCCUCAAGGCCCGGCCCGGCCUGCCACCUGGGAUCAACGUGGCCAGCCUGGAGUGGGUGUCCAGGGAGCCAGCCUUACUCUGCACCUUCCCAAGCCCCGGCACACCCAGGAAAGACAGCACCCUUUCGACCGUGCCCCAGGGCUCCUACUCGCUGUUGGCAAAUGGUGUCUGCAAGUGGCCCGGCUGUGAGAAGGUCUUCGAGGAGCCAGAGGAUUUCCUCAAGCACUGCCAGGCGGACCAUCUCCUAGAUGAGAAGGGCAGGGCACAGUGUCUCCUCCAGAGGGAGGUGGUGCAGUCUCUGGAACAGCAGCUGGUGCUGGAGAAGGAGAAGCUGGGCGCUAUGCAGGCCCACCUGGCUGGGAAGAUGGCCCUGACCAAAGCUCCAACCACGGCAUCAUCUGACAAGGGCUCCUGCUGCAUCGUAGCUGCAGGUACUCCGGUAACCCCUGGCCCAGCCUGGCCCAGCCCCCAGGAGGCCCCCGACGGCCUGUUUGCCGUGAGGAGGCACCUCUGGGGUAGCCAUGGAAACAGCACGUUCCCAGAGUUCUUCCACAACAUGGACUACUUCAAGUUCCACAACAUGCGGCCCCCCUUCACCUACGCCACCCUCAUCCGCUGGGCCAUCCUAGAGGCUCCCGAGAAGCAGCGGACACUCAACGAGAUCUACCACUGGUUCACACGCAUGUUUGCCUUCUUCAGGAACCACCCUGCCACCUGGAAGAACGCCAUCCGCCACAACCUGAGCCUGCACAAGUGCUUCGUGCGGGUGGAAAGUGAGAAGGGGGCCGUGUGGACCGUGGAUGAGUUCGAGUUCCGCAAGAAGAGGAGCCAGAGGCCCAGCAGGAGUGCCAACCCCACACCCGGCCCCUAACCUCAAAACCAAGGAAGGGAGGAAGGAAGGACAGGGGCCGAAAUGGGGGGUGGAAGCGGCCAGGGGCAGGGGUGACGGGCCCUGGACGUGCCCACAGGGACCAAGAAGUGAGGUGUGCACGGUCUUGCCUGCCAGGGA